AUGCCACUGUCAGUAAGGCUGGCAGAAAAAAUGAGAGCUCCCAGUUGAUACAAAGAUUGCUGCGGAAAAUCUCAAGCGAAAGAGCAAUGCGGAAGAGUUUCAAUUUCUGGAGACUCGUGUGCGGGAAUUGGUAUGCUUCCAGCACAACCUCUUCUCCCCAAAUUCUGGACUACGGCUGAUUAGGGGGUUAGGAUGGCAAAGACACCCCCGCUUGCUGAGAAUUGCACUUAACGGAGCAGGGGGCGACUGGAUUACGCAAAGCUCAUUUCAGGACCUUGACCGACAUCCCACGGAAGGCUAUCCUGUUGCCAUUGAAAGGUCCUGACGUCCCCGGCACUGCAAAGACGGGAAGCGGGAAAAUGUUGGCAUCCCUGGUUCCUGUGAGAGAACUCCCAGCUUUCUGGUGCGCGGUCAGGUCCCUGACAAGAGCAGGUUUUGGAAAUUCUCUAUCCGAGGAGAUGGACCGCUGUGGAUGGUUUGGGCCCACUCUUUAUCUCACCUACCCGCGAGCCCGCGCCACAGAUAUUCGACGUUCUGUGAAAAAUGAGGAGAGAGUAUACAUUCUCCCCUGACCUUGUUAUCGGGGGAAGGGAAUUGAGGGAUGAACAGGAAGCCCUCCACAGGGUGAAUAUCGUCGUCUGCACGCUUGGGCGAAUGGUACAACACAUGGACUAGACCGUCGGGCUUAUGCUAGACAAUGUUCAAGGGUUGGUUUUGGAUGAGGCCAAUAGGAUCCUCGACAUGGGCUUCCUAAAGACUUUAGACGGCAUCAUAGAGAAUUUGCCGAAAGAGAGGCAAACCUUGCUGUUCAGCGGGACACAAAUGAAGAGUCUUUCGGACCUCGCAAGCUAA